ACUUUAUAAGCUAUGGAUAUGUAGAUUAGAUAAGAGGUCAUUCCCCCACUUAUCUACGUACUGACUGGUAGCUACAUGUAACCACUGGUCCACUGCACAUGUGCAGGUACUAGGUAGUACAGUAUGUAUUUGCCAAUCAGGCAAAUAUUUCGCAUGUUUCGUUCAUUUUUUAUUGAAAUUUCCAUACAUAACUUACACUCUAAACGCAAUAACCUUGGAAUUCUCAUACUAGGGGCCAGAAGAGUAACUUAGAUCGUGGACCACAUCGAAUAUCAAGAUUCACCUAUCAAGGCACACAACUAAGGUUAGGUGGUCUUAAAUUCUCCUAUCUACUAAAGGCUAAAUAAAGGGAGACAUCAAUACUUAGUAUACUGUUCUCGACCCUCCUGUCGGCCAUGUCUUCAAUGUCACCCACGCCAGAGUCAUCCGGCUCUAUCACAGAUUCAGAUGAUCGCCACAAUUCAUUGGUUAUCAGAGAUAAAGGGAAAGCCCCCGAGAAUGCUCACAAGAGAAAGCGUAAUGGCACCAAUGGCACCAAUGGCACGGAACGCGCUACUUCACGGCGUCGCACACAUGAGCCCGACGGUGAAGCUGCGCUUGGCGGAGAAGAUUUUGAUCCACUCCAAUCUAUGGAGGAGAAACGCAACUUGCAGCGUUCACUUCGAGGUGCCAUACAUGACCUUCAUGACAACUAUGAUGAGUACAUGAAGCCUGAUUCAAUUGGUUUGCACGAAACUGUACGCAAGGCAAAUUCUUACCAGUCCAACGUGAAGCAGCCUACAGAAGCUGUCAUCGACUCAAAACUUCUCGUGAGCACAGCCGACGCAUCAUACCGGAAGACCGUUCGUCUCACUUCAGGAAACAUUGCCCAAGGAAUUGACGUCGAUGAGUUUGUCUCGAAAUGCAUUACCUACAUGAGACUAGGCUCCGGCAUUGCCCAAGACGAUGCCCCAGAGCUUACCUCUACACAACAGCAUCGCAGGAGACCAGGCCGAAGGUCCCUCGCCGAUGAAGGUGAAGAUGAGGAUGGCAUUGGUGAUGAAGGUGAUGUGUUCAACUGGGAGCAUCUCGGCCGGUUCGCCUGUCUUCCCCAUAUUCGACGUCCAGCCACACCCGGAUUUCUCCUCGGCCCUCUUUCCGCCGAAGCGAAGAAACGGAAGAUUGUCAAGCGCAGUGCACCCUUUAGGCCUGAUAAUCUACAAGAAACAAGACCAGAGAUCCUGGACGCCGAGGCAGUACAAAGAACCGAGAACAACGAUUUGACCGCGAUAUGCGCCAAGAUUUUCUCAAGAUUGAAACAGGUGCAAGAGCAGGCUCAACGGGUUGUGGAAGACGCGGUUGAUCACGGAGCUGAUGAUGACGAGGCUGCGAUUUUGAUGGAACGCCACGGUUUGAAAGAUACUGGCGGCAUUGAUCUGAUGAAGUUCGUCGUGAAUCCACGAUCUUUCGGUCAAACGGUAGAGAAUAUGUUCUACGUCAGCUUUCUAAUACGAGAGGGCCAAGUUGGGAUCAACUUUGACCACAAAAACUUGCCAGCUCUAUAUCCAUUACGCGAGGAGGAUGAAAUGCAUGUCUCCAAGCAUCGUGCUCAGAGGCAGCAAGCCGUGUUCUCCAUCGACAUGAAGAUGUGGCGUGAUAUAGUCGACGCUUUUCAAAUCAAAGAUCCUCUCAUCGAGCACCGCCAAGAGCAAAGUCACCAAGGGCCCGGAUCUCGGGGCUGGUAUAACUAGGUAGUAUUGAUUUGACUCACGGCUUUUAGACACUACUACGUAAACCUCUAGCUACGUGUCCCGGAUUUCGGUUCACACAUGGUAACGACCUCGAACGAUAGACGAGUCCAAGUUGUACAUGCCUUUUGGUCAAUGAUUUGAUAGGCGGUCAGCCUACUGCUAUAAUGUUAAGUAUGGGAAAGGUGUAGGAGAUUCUGUGGGAGAUUCUCUAACUUGUACUAUAAACAACCUCUGAGCUGAUAGCCCAAGUAGGUCGGUAUACUAUAACGCUAUGAGAUCAAUGCUAUAAUUUCAACCCAGU